GAAUCACGCUUUUAUCCUACUGCUAUUAUCAAGUACUUUCCUAUUUGACCGCAUGUUUCAUGUGUUUGAUUUAGAACAAAGUCCGAUGUGCCAAUGAGUCACCUUUUUUGGGCGAUCUGAGCUUAGCAUGGAUUCCGAAGGAGAGACAGGUAGUGGCGGGAGUACACCUGUUCAAGAUGAGCCUGUAUACAACAGUGAUGGUGAGGAGCCAAUGUCUGUAGAUCAGUCAACUGGUCUGAACACACAGAAGAAUGGGAACAGCGAUGGUAACAAUAGUGGCGUUGACAGUGAUGAUGGCAGGGAGGGUCAAAAUGUCGAUGAAAAGGGCAGUAACUCUGAUGAGGACAGACCAGUAGGCAGCCCUAUGUCAGCCCCGCAGUCUCCUGAUCAGGGAGUGCAGUCCCCGUCUGCAUCUCCUGGGAGGAGGUCUAGGUCAGGUUCACCCAGUCAUAGAUCAGGGUCUGUGGGUCAAAGCCCAAAAUCAGGAUCACCAAAUGGCAGGUCACGGUCUGGGUCAAGGUCACCAAGUCAUAGGUCAAGGUCAGGAUCACCAGGCCACAGAUCCAGGUCAGGCUCAGGCUCUCCAGGUCAAAGGUCAGGGUCAGGUUCUCCUGGGCAAAGAUCAGGCUCUGGGUCUCCAGGUCGAAGAUCAAGGUCAGGCUCAGGAUCUCCAGGGCAACGUUCAAGGUCAGGUUCCGCCUCUCCAGGGCAAAGGUCAAGGUCCGGUUCAGGUUCUCCAGGUCGUAGAUCUAGAUCAGGUUCAGGCUCUCCAGACCGAAGGUCACGAUCAGGCUCAGGCUCUCCAGGUCGAAGGUCUGGCUCUGGUUCUCCAGGUGGCAGAUCUAGGUCAGGCUCUGGCUCUCCAAGACAAAGGUCAAGGUCAGGAUCGGGCUCUCCACGACAAAGGUCAAGGUCAGGAUCUGGCUCCCCUGGUCGCAGAUCUAGGUCAGGCUCAGGCUCUCCAGGACGAAGGUCAAGGUCACGCUCAGGUUCUCCAGGUCGAAAGUCAAACUCUGGCUCUCCUGGUCGCAGAUCAAGGUCAGGCUCUGCCUCACCAGGUCGAAGGUCUAAAUCUGGGUCGAAGUCACCAGUGCAGGCUGCUGGCGCAGGCUCCAAAGACACAGUAGAGGAUGGAAAAUCAACUGAGAGGGAUGCAUCACACUCAGAUGUUGACAGUGACAAUGAACAGCCAGAAAAUAAGACAGCAGAAAAAGCUGAUGAUGCAAAUAUGUACAGUGAUGAUGAUGAAGACAGUGACAAAGGGUCUGCUGUUGGAGGAUUGAUUGCUGAUAUCUUUGGAUCAAGUGACGAAGAUGAAGAAUUUGAGGGUUUUGGCGUGGCUGAUGUUGAGGCUCCAGUCAAGAAGAAGGAAAAGAAGAAAACAGCCGUGGUGUCUGAUGAUGAUGAUGAUGAUGAGGGUGGUGAGGGACCCCCCACUGGUGAUCAGGGUGAGGGGGCUCCAGAGGAGGAGGUCCCGACCCAGAGUCAGGGUGCUGAAGGCGCAGGGGAUGCACCAGCAGCAAUGUCAGACGAUGACGAGAUGAAAGAGGAUUUUGUAUCAGAUUUUGAGAUAAUGAUGAUGAGAAAGAAAGAAGAAAGUCAGAAAUAUCGACGGAAGCGACGUGAUGUGGAUAUCAUCAACGACAAUGAUGAUUUGAUUGCUGAUAUGAUUAACAAGAUGAAAACAGCUGCCGAGGAGGACAGGACUGCCAAUGAGAAAAAAAUGGCUGCCACAAAGAAAAUGAAAUAUCUACCAGCUGUUCAGUCACAACUUAAAAAAGCUGACCUUCAUAUUGCAUUCCUGGAUUGCGGAGUAUUAAAUGCUAUUACGGAGUGGUUAGCUCCCUUGCCAGACAGAAGUCUUCCCCACGUACAGAUCCGGGACACCAUGCUCAAGUUCUUGUCAGAAUUCCCUCCGAUGAGCUCCGACACCCUCAAGUCCAGUGGCAUUGGUAAAGCCGUCAUGUACCUGUACAAACACCCUAAAGAGACCAGGGAAAACAAGGAGAGAGCCGGCAAACUCAUCAAUGAAUGGUCAAGGCCAAUAUUUAACCUGACGUCAAAUUUCAAGAAUUUGAGCAGAGAAGAACGUCAGCAGAGAGAUUAUGAACAGUUGCCUAAGAAGAGGCGGCUGAGCUCUGACGGCUCCCAGACUCCCAGGAGAGACAUAGACAAAGCUCUGGCAGGAGAAGAGAAGGCUCUGCGUCCAGGAGACCCCGGCUGGAUCUACAGAGCACGGGUCCCUAACCCAUCUCAUAAGGACUACGUUGUCAGGCCACGCUGGAAUGUGGAAGAGGUUGUACAAAAGGGUGGUGGUAAGAAAGCAGUGACCCGUUACGAGAAACACAUCAGGGCCUUCAAGGAAAAGAAGAAAGGAUCGAAAAACCAAAGAGCAGUGACUAUCAGCAUAGAAGGCAGGAACAUGUCUCUUUGAUUGAACGCAGAAUUUUCGCCACCUCUUCCUGACCUCUGGUUGAUUGACAGGCUAUGUGUGGAUUUCCCUGUCAUAGAGCGGCUAUAUGAUACGUUGACAGUGAAAGCUGAUUAUAUAUAUUUCAUUGUAUGUUUUUGAGUGAGCGAGUUCAUGAUCGUACCUACACAUGGAAUAAAUGAUCAGCGACAGUGGACAGUGUCUGGAUGAUUAUCUUCAGUGACCGCAAAGACAUUGUGUGCUAAUUUUUAUGCGGGCCUUUUUGAAUAUUAUGUAGCAGCUGUUUACUAGUGUCUACAAAUGUGAAGAGGAAAAGUGUGCACAUGUUGUGUAGGAGACUUGCACUUCAGGGAGCACAAGUGUGACUCUCAUAGCAUUUCAGAUUGUACAUGUGCAGUUUUUGGCCAGUGAAUGCGAGACAGAGAGUGAGGUGUUGGAUUUGUUGCUGGACUGAGUUACCAAGGGCUUUCCAUCCUGAAACUUCAUUUUACCUACAUGUCAAUCACUUAUGGAUUGUUCAAAUACACAGAGACAAGCUUUGUUAGUACUUGGCUAUUAUUUUUAAGCAUAUUUCCAUUGCAAUGUGUAAAAGUUUGUGAUGCCUGAUAGCGUAUUUCCAUCGCAUUUUGUGAGUUUGUGACGUAUUAUAUUGUCAUGAAAAAAAGACCGUGAGGCUUACACUCAUUUCUCAGUAUUGUAUUUGCAGUAUAUUUUAAACUGUGUUUUUGUUUUUUAGAGAAUGCUGUAAAGAAUGACUUCACUGAAUCAUCAAAAGAGGCUUCUGAAACUUUCUUCAUUGGUAUUGGUGUAGGCUCUAGAUUUAGUGGAAAGUAACCUUAAAAGGGCAAAUGUUAAAAAGUGAAAAUUGAAGAUCCAAGAAGAGCGGAUUUAUUUGCAACCUGUAUUUUUUAGUCAGAAACAUAUUGUACUAACAUGGUGUCUUGGAAAGUAAAUGGCUGAUUGAAAAACAGGGAAGUUUAAAAUGUCCACAUUCUGGAGCUCAUGUCAGUCAUGCAAAUAUUCAGUCUAAGGAAAGCCUUCAAACUUCUUUCUCGCACUUAAAGAAAUAGGAAACCAGCGUAGCAUAUGUGUGUGAAAAUUGCUUUAAUUGGGUUGUUAGGUUCAAAACUUGUUAGCUCUUAGGUUCAAAACUUGUUAGCUCAUGUUAUUCUGCUGUUAUCAUGUGACCAGUGAGGCAGUAAACCACAUUCGCAUUUCCGUCUUGCUACUUGUUAGUCGAAAUGUUGCGAGAUCUUGUACUUAGAAUUUCAGGUCGAUAUGCUAAGCUUCACUCUGCCUUUGUGACUAAAUCUAGCGUCAGAAUGUUUGCCAUAUUAAAUUUCCGUUUGAGUCAAAUGCUACAUUGCAAAUGGUGUAAGUCCCUCCAUAGUGACUUGUGGCAAGAACAUUCGAGAAAGUGAAAAUGCCAGUAAAACGUUUUAAUAGCCAUGGAAAGCAGACUGUGUCUUGCAGUUCAAACCUCACUUUGUGCUACACUUACCACUGUUUCUGUGUUGUGGCGAGCGCAUAGCGUGAAAUGUGCACGUAGUUUAUUAUUCAGUGGAGAUUUAGCCGGUCAUAAUCAAGUUAGUGUCUUGCCGACACUCUCAUGGCUGCACAUGCAAUUUGCAGGUGUACGACCCAUGCCAUGGCAGUUGUUCACUCACAUUCAAUUUUGUACAGUGUUGAGGAAUCUAUUAUUUUACCCACUUGGUUUGGCCUAUAAACACACACUGUGUGUUUUGUGAUGAAUAAAAUGUACAGUAUG